AUGAAUAAUGAUGCAGACACGGUCAAAAUCAGAUCCAUCGUUGAAGAAGGUAUGAUUCUUCGGGUAGGUGACGGUGGCUCAAUUCUCUUUUGGCAUGACAGAUGGUGCAAAGAAGGAGUCCUCAAACUAUUACAUCCAAGAUUGUUUGCGAUAUCUCUCCAAAAACAAGCUCUCAUAUGCCAGAUGGGUGAGUGGAUUGGAAACUCUUGGGAGUGGAGGCUAGAAUGGCGACGUUCUUUGUAUGAUUGGGAAAUUGAUGAGGUAAACUCUCUUCAACAUAUAAUUGCACAGUUUGGGCCCAAAACAGAUACGAGAGAUGGGGUCUCCUGGAAACACUCAGAAGUUGUGUCUUAUCCCACAAAAGACAUCGUUACAGCAUUAACUGUGAACCGUGCUCCCUCUCUACCGAAAUCUGUAGUCUCCUUGGUCUGGAAAUCUUUUAUAUCCCCAAGAGCAAAACUAGUGGUAUGGUUGGCAAAUCAGGGAAAGCUGAAAACUGGAGAACUGCUCGUGGGAAAGGGAAUCAUUAGCCCUCUCGACUCCAUAUGCCCCUUUUGCAGUACGGAAAUAGAAUCAAUCACUCACCUUCUCUUUGUUUGCAGAUUCUCUUGGAGCGCCUGGAUGGAUAUUCUAAAAUGGUGGAACAUCUCCUCCCCCCUCCAGAAUCAAUGUACAAAAUUCUGUAUGCAAUGGUUGGGAUUGAACAAAGGUAGGAAACACAGGAAGAUCUGGACUCUCAUUUUGGGUUGCGUCUUGUGGUCUGUGUGGUACGAAAGAAACCAGAUUAAGUUCGAUAGGAUAACGCCAAACCUUCAGAAUUUUGUGUUCUCGCUGAAGAUUAGAAUAGGAAUAUGGGCGAGGGAAUUGCUAGGCUCCUCUGGAUGGACACCACAUGUCAUACAUAAUGCUGACUCGUUCGUCUUGCAGGCCUUUUGA